AUGUCUGACCGUUUGGGUUUGGAAAACGAUCUCUUUGAACUAUCUCACUCAUCUUCAUUUGAUGACAUAGAGGGUGUUUUUGGUGGGCGUGAUGAUUUGGGGGUCCACAGCUUUGUAAAGAUUGAAAAGGAGUGGUUGAUCGAUCCCUACCAGCUAUUCAUUGGGUCCAUGAUCAGUGAAGGCCCCUACUCCAUUGUCUACGAAGGAUCGUAUAAAUCUGAGCCCGUCGCAAUAAAAGUAAUACAGCCAGACAAUUCAUCAGCCGUGAGUCCUGAACGCCAAGAGAAAUUUGAGAGGGAGGUUACAAUGCUGUCCGGAGUCAAGCAUGAUAACAUUGUGAAGUUUAUUGGCGUCUCUUUGGCACCAACCAUGAUGCUAAUCACAGAGCUUAUGAGAGGUGGUACUCUUCAGAAGUACUUGUGGAGCAUCCGUCCAAAGAGUCCAGAUCUGCGGGUCUCCAUUAGUUUUGCAUUGGGAAUUUCUCGCGCAAUGGAAUAUUUGCAUGCAAAUGGCAUCAUUCACCGUGACUUGAAGCCCAGCAAUCUACUUCUCACGGAGGACAAGAAUAACAUUAAGCUAGCUGAUUUUGGUUUAGCUAGGGAGGAGGAAUUGGGUGAAAUGACUACUGAGGCUGGUACUUAUCGGUGGAUGGCCCCUGAGGUACUGCUAUGGUACAUAGUUAACUUCACCCAAAAUCUUAAGUAUAUGCCUUACUCUUGA